AUGUUUUAUUCCCAUUUCCUGCCGCAGUCCCAGCAGAGCCAGGCCCCGCUGUCGGAGCUGGAGCGCGCCAUGGAUUCCAUCAUCGAUGUGUUCCACCAGUACUCGCGGCGCGAGGGGGACAGGGACACGCUGAGCCGGGGGGAGCUCAAACUGCUCAUCGAGAAACAGCUCAGCAACUACCUCAAGCACGUGAAGAACAAAGCCACCAUCGAUCAGAUCAUGAAGGACCUGGACGUGAACAAGGACGCGCAGCUGAGCUUCGGGGAGGUGAUGCUGCUGGUGACACGGGUGACGUGUGCCACCCACGAGCACCUGCACGAGGUGGAGGAGCACCAGCACCACCAGCACCAGCACCAGCAUCAUCAUUGA